AUGGUUCGCAUCGCUCUCACCACCGUUCUGGCUUUCGCCGUCUCCGCUCUUGCCCUGGCUCCCAACAACGCCGGUGCAAAGGACGUCGGGAACGGCAAGGGCCAGCAGUUCACCACCGGCGGGUGUGUCGCCGAUGCGGACUGUCGCAGUGCAUGCUGCGCCGAGAUCAACACCAGCGGCGUUGGCAUCUGCUCCGCCGAGGGCGCCCAGUUCCAGAACGGCAAGCAGGGCUGUGGCUUUGAUGACCCGAACUCUGCUGCCACCAUCGCUGCUGCUCAGGCUCAGGUCAAGAAACAGGGCUUUUAA